UCAAGGCGUGGGGAUAUUCGUCUGAUUAAAGGGUUUUCAUCGGAAUUUUAAACGCAUUUUUGUCAUUGAGGGCAUUCCUUGAGAUUACCGGUUUUGUUUCACCUUGAUGUGCUGCAUUUCAAAGGGAAAAAGCAAUCCAGACGCAGAUAUUGCUUGUAUUCGUCUAUAAAAACGUUGAGGAAAAAUACAACUGCUGAACCUACUGAGGUUAAAAGCAAACAGUGGGCAAGCAAGCAGGACAGAGAAACAAGAGAGAGACAGAGAGAGAGAGAGAGUGUGCUGCUGCAUCGACUAGUGAGGCAAGCCUGCUCCACCAUAACAAAGCCACCCCUCUGGAGCUCCAAACUCCUCCCCGACGUGGAUGCCUAAGAUAAAUUCCGUCUGGUAGCCCGGGGCUUCCACGCUCUGAAGAAGUGAGGUCAAGACCCUCACUUUCCGAUCCCAGGCUAUCCCCCUGCCGUCCACUUCACCGUCUCCUGAGAGGCCCACGACCCCGCCGGCGCCAUGGGAACCGUGCUGUCGCUCUCGCCCAGCUACCGCAAGGCGGCGCUCUUCGAGGAUGGCCCGGCCACGGUGGGCCACUACACGGCCGUGCAGAACAGCAAGAACGCCAAAGACAAGAACCUGAAGCGCAACUCGCUCAUCAACGUGCUGCCGUGGAAGCGCAUCGUGGCCGUCUCGGCCAAGAAGAAGGGCUCCAAGAAGGUGCAGCCCAACGCCGCCUACCAGAACAACGUCACGCACCUCAACAACGAGAACCUGAAGAAGUCGCAGUCGUGUGCCAACCUCUCCACCUUCGCCCAGGACCAGGGCAGCCCCACCAAGAACGCCAACAACGCCGUGUCGUCGGUCAAGAAGGCGCCGCUGACCAACUCGAACGCCGCGUCCGGCACGCCCAAGCGGGUGAUCGUCCAGGCCUCCACCAGCGAGCUCCUCCGCUGCCUGGGAGAGUUCCUGUGCCGGCGGUGCUACCGACUCAAACACCUGUCCCCCACCGACCCGGUCCUGUGGCUGCGCAGCGUCGACCGCUCCCUGCUCCUCCAGGGCUGGCAGGACCAGGGCUUCAUCACGCCCGCCAACGUGGUGUUCGUUUACAUGCUGUGCCGCGACGUGGUCUCCUCGGAGGUGGCCACUGAGCACGAGCUGCAGGCCGUGCUGCUCACCUGCCUCUACCUGUCCUACUCGUACAUGGGCAACGAGAUCUCGUACCCGCUCAAGCCCUUCCUGGUGGAGAGCUCCAAGGAGACCUUCUGGGACCGCUGCCUGUCCAUCAUCAACCUGAUGAGUGCCAAGAUGCUGCAGAUCAACUCGGACCCGCACUACUUCACGCAGGUGUUCGCCGAUCUCAAGAACGAGAGCCAGAAGGAGGAGGAGAGGAGUCGCCUGCUCAUCGGCCUGGACCGGUGAGGGAGGGCGCCACCUAGGGGCUGACCGAGGGGCAGUGGGUGGCGCAUAGCUGU